AAAACAUCGCCAUCAUCAAAUCAAAUUCAAACAUGAUAAAAAUGACAAAUUUUGAAUGGGACAUAAAUGAUACACAGAUUCCUGAUGUAACAAAAUUUGAUGAAUUUCAAGAAUGGACGGAUGGUCAUUGUAAAUUUGUAUAUCGUUUGGAUUGUGAAGAAGCACGAAGACAUUCAAGUGGAUGGGCAAUGCGUAAUACAAAUAAUCAUAAUGUUAAUAUAUUGAAAAAAUCAUGUUUAGGUGUAUUGAUUUGUUCCAAACAAUGUCAAAUGGAAAAUGGACAAUCAAUACAUUUACGGCCAGCAAUUUGUGAUAAAGCAAGAAAAAAACAACAAAAUAAAUCCUGUCCAAAUCGUCAUUGUAAUGGUCGGUUGAUUGUACAACCAUGUAAAGGACAUUGUGGUUAUCCGGUAACACAUUUUUGGCGUCAUACAAAAUUUGCUAUAUUUUUUCAGGCAAAAGGUAAUCAUGAUCAUGUACGACCUGAACCAAAAUCCAAAAUUGAUGCUCGUGGUUUUGGUAUUAAAUAUUGUAAAUCAAUGUUAUCCGCAUCUGCAUCUGCAAAAUCAUCGAUUCUAUCCACGACAGCAACUUCAUCGUCAUCUUUAUUUGCUAUUCAGGUAAUGAGAAUUUUAACAUCUGAACAUCUUUGA